AUGAGCUCCAACAUGUUCUCCUCCAAGAGCUCGAAAACCGAGUCUAUGACCUCUCUUAUCCCUCGGGGCCUCAAAGACCCGUCACAGUUCCUAUCGUGGGGGUCGAAGGGAUCUUCUGGGUCCGCCCAGAAAAGUAUGUUUUCUUCCUCGCGUUCACGGGAGGACAAAUUGUUCAAAGUCCGUCUUCAUCCAGAAACCUCAGCUCCUAAAAGCGAUUCUGAUUUCGCGAAGAAGGCGAAGGAGAAUGGGUGGAAUGCACCUACAGCGGCGCGACCGUCUUUUGGCGGUUUUUAA